AUGGCUCCGCUGGAGGUCUUGUCAAAGGAUGAUCACCCCAAAAUCACCCAUGUUAUAUUCGACAUGGACGGGACCUUGGUGGAAUCCGAGGCAAUGUAUUCUCAGAUGCACAGAAAAGCCUUGGCUAAGUACGGCAAAGAACUGAGUCCGGAGAUGAAGGCAGCUACGCAAGGGAGACCAAUUCCGGAUGAAAUUCGAAUUCUCAUCGAAAUGGCGGGAUUGGAAGGGAUUGUGAGCGAAGAGGAGAUGUAUAAGGUAGGUUUACGGCAAAAGCGGUGACUUUUUUGAAACUGUGAGGUGUUUAGUGAUAAAGUGAUUUAAAAAAACUAUUAUGCUUUUAAUCAAAAUAUAAGUUUAACCAUAGUCAUCAUGGUUAUCAUGGAUAAUAAAUAUAAUUUUUUUUCACAGAUUUCUCUACGAUUUUUUUUUCAAAAAAAGUAAACGAAUUUCGGCCAUAAUAGCGAUUUUUGAAGCGAUUUUUUUAUUUCUGAUUGUCCAUAUUCGACAAGCAUCGAACUUUUACCCUUCCCACUCCAUUUCAUCCCCUCCUCCCAACUGACCGGUCGAUUUCUUGACCUUUCUUUUCUCACUGACUGACUGACUGACUAUGGGCAUUCUCCAAUCCAAACCCCAACCCAAGAUCACGCACGUCAUUUUUGAUUUUGACGGGAUUUUGGUGGAUUCUGAAGACCUCUACUCUCAAAUGCACGCCAAAUUACUCGGAAAAUGGGGGAAAAGCUUCAAUUUGGAGCAAAAACUGCAAAUUCAAGGGAUGAGGAAGCAGGAUGAGGUCAAUACGGUCUUGAAAAUGAACGGACUUGAAGGUCAGAUCAGUGAGAAGGAGUAUGAAAGGGUAGGGAGGGGGCUGGGAUAUUGUAGUAGGGUUAACUUUGGGUUUGAAUUUAGUGUCUAAUGAAAGAUUAAAUUUGGAUUUUUGGAGUUGUACUAUGGUCUAUAAAUCUCUGAAAAUUUUUUGCCAGUUUACUUCGGCAGUAAGUUACAGUAAUCCCAACAAAUUUUUGAUUUUUUUUCCAAAUUCAGCAAACUAAAAAAAAUUUGUGAUUUUUUUGUAUAUAAAAUGUCUUCGAUUUAAUUAAAACCGAUUCUAUGCACUUCCAGCAAUACAUUGAGCUCUAUGAAGAGCAUCUUUCCAAUGUGAAGCCGCUCCCCGGCACCGAUCGUUUGAUCCGCCAUCUCCACAAAAACAAGGUCCCCAUUGCCAUCUGCACGUCCUCAGCCGCCGAUGAGUUCGAAAUCAAGACUCGCAACCUGAAGGAAUGGAUGGAGUUGAUUCCGACCCGAAUCCUGGCCGGCUCCGACCCCAGAAUCAAGAAUGGAAAACCGAAUCCAGACCCGUACCUGCAGUGUGCGAAGGAUUUGGGAGCCAAUCCGGCCACUUGCCUCGUCUUCGAGGACUCGGUGAAUGGAUGCAAGUCCGCGUUGAGUGCCGGAAUGCAUUGUAUUAUGAUCCCACAAUGGGAAUUCCAAUGCGACGCCUCGAAAGCGGCCGUGGAGAAGUUAAAACCUCAAUUGGACGAGAUCUUGAAGAGUAUGGAGGAAUUUAAGCCCGAAAAAUAUGGUCUGCCCCCUUUUGAAUGA